CAACGGCUGGCCGUAACCAAUGGCGGGGUGAGGCGCCGAGCCAGGCCUGUGGUGUUUGUUUUUUGUUUCCUUUUUUGCCCCCGCCUUUGCCAGUGAACUCAUGAGUGAAAUAUGACAUUCCACCCGUAAAGAAAAGAGGGCGAGGAGGAAAGAGCGAGGGAGGGACGGAGGGGGAAAAUUUAAACCUGCAGGCGACGAACUCCGGGCUUGAACCCUUCCUGGUUUCAGAAUCUGGGGAUCAGAAAGGGCGGGGCUGCGCCGAGCUUUUCUUAAGUUUUCGGCUCCUGCAAAGAAGCCUUUGAGGAGCUCGGCGCUGGGGCAGAUUGCAUUCCUGCCCUCGAGAAGACACCCGAAGGAGGGAGCUGAUCUCAGCGGCCCAGUGUCUCUAGCCUCGCCGCGAUGGAGGAGGACGGUGUGCAAGCGGAGAAGAGCAGCGCGUAUGUUUCCCCAAACUCCGAUGGGCCUCUGGAUGCCAGCAAUCCCAGCCCGGUGCCCUCGGGCAGCCGCAGCCCCAGCUUGCUGCCGCCGGCGCCGGGCGAGGCGAUUCGGGACAGCUCGCAAGUGAACGCCAUCACGGUGCUGACUCUCCUGGACAAGCUGGUGAACAUGCUGGAUUCGGUGCAGGAGAAGCAGCAGAAGAUGGAGCAGCGGCAGAUCGAUCUGGAGGGCUCGGUUAAGGGCAUCCAGAGCGACCUGAGCAAGCUGUGCAAGAACCACACGUCCACCAGCAACACCGUGGCCAAGCUGUUGGAGAAGUCGCGCAAGGUCAGCGCCAACACGCGCGAGGUGCGCGAUCGCAUGGACCGCCAGUGCGCCCAGGUGAAGCGCUUGGAGCACAACCACGCGCAGCUCUUGCGCCGCAACCACUUCAAGGUGCUCAUCUUUCAGGAAGAAAAUGAAAUCCCUGCCAGCGUAUUUGUGAAAGAGCCUGUUCCCAGUAUUACUGAUGGGAAGGAAGAGCCUGUCGAUGAGAAUAAAACCUUGGAAGAAACCUUGCACACUGUGGAAUUAUCCUCAGAGGAUGAGUUGCCCCAUGAUGACCUUGCAGAAGACAGCAUGGAUGAGAAAAUAGAGGAGUCCAGAGCUGAGAAAAUCAAGAGAUCCAGCCUUAAAAAGGUUGACAGCCUGAAGAAAGCAUUUUCCCGCCAAAACAUUGAAAAGAAGAUGAACAAGAUUAGCACCAAGAUUGUCUCGCCUGAGCGGAGAGAGAAGAUCAAGAAGUCUUUUACUCCUAACCAUCAGAAGUCUUCUUCAUCAAAAAGCUCGUCUUUCAAGGUCUCUCCCCUGACAUUCAACGUGAAGAAAGUCCGUGAUGGAGACACAUCCAUAGAAGUAGAAGAUAAGCCAGGGGAAGCACCUGGCAGUAAGCAUGCCGCCAGUGAAGAGGGCACCCUCACUUCAGAUCCAAUCUGUUCUUCUUCUCCAGCAGAAGAAGGAAAAGCCUUUGUUGAUUCCUUGGAAAAAGAGUCGGGAAGUGAAGGAGAGGUGGUGAUCAACAACAACAUUGAGCUUGCAAUUGUUGAAGAAGAUGAUGACUAUAGAGCUUCAUUAGAAAUCAGACAAGAACUUUAUGAGGAAAGAAACAAGCCAAUCAGUGAAGAAAUGGAAUAUUCUGAAGAAUCCAAUCAAGCAGCUGUCCUCCAUGUAAACCAAACAGCUUAAAUUGCUUGUGUCCUUUCUACAUAUGAUAUUUUUAAUUAUAUCAGUCACCAGAAUAUGUCCGAAUACUAUAAAUGUGAGGUCUAAUAGUGAAUCACAGUGGAAUUGUUGGUUUUAAAGCAUAGAUUUCCUUACAAACUGUUUCGAUCACUCAGUUAGAAUUGAUUCCCACAGUCAAAAGUAGGGCUGUUCUACAAAUAACAGAAAAGCAGAUGUCAUGAGCAGCUUUUAACCUCUUUCCAUCAGCACUUCAAUCCUCACCCUACUUUCUAAUGUUUCUUCUCUUUAACUAGAAUGUGUUUAAAAGAAGUCUUUAAGGCCAUUUGAUAAAAGGCGUUUCCUACAGAGUCUUUUUUAAAUUGUAGUUAAGAAUAUAAGCAGUGCCCUGCUAGAUCAGACCCCUUGCCCCAUCUAGUCCAGCAGAAUAUUCUCUGGCCAACCUACUACAUAAGGAAGCUCAUUUGUCUCCCAGCAGAUUCAGGGAGGUCACACUGCCAUCAAUUCCUUGAUUCCCAAGACCUCCGUGAAUUGAUCCAACCUUUUUUUUUUUUAAGCCAGCCAAGCUGGUAGCUAGCACCACAUCUCAUGGUACUGAAUUCCAAAAUGUAAUCACAGAUUGUGUUUAAAAAAAAGUCCUUGGGUCAGUCCUAAUUCUUCCAAUGUAUUCAAUUUGGUUCUAGUAUUUUGGGAAGAGGAGAAUAGCUUUUCCUUGUCCACUUUAUGCCAUUCAUAAUUUCAUAAUUAAAGAGUUAUUGAAGAUUUGCAUAGAUCCAUGACCCUUAUCACCAUCUACAAUCAACUCUCAGUGGAGAAGGCAUGGCUAUUAAAUGUUGCAAGAAUGAUCUUAUUUUGUUUCAGAAUCAGAUCGCAUGUUUUCUUCAAUCUAGAUUGUGAGCCUUCAUUGAAAAAGAUGGUUUCCAGGAUUCUGCUUGGCUCAUUGUCCUGGAGAAACUGUCUCUUUUGGAGGGAACUAUAAAAUCCAUUGCAGUAUCCUCUUUGCCUGUUAACUUUUUCCUACUAACUGCUAAGUUACAAUCCAAUUAGAAGCUAAACCCUUUCCCAUCUAUGCCAUAAUAGUAAGACAAUUCAUCGUCUUUUUCCUACCCUAUGGAAUCCUCAAAGUUUGUAAUUUCCAUUCUUGAUGCGCUGUGACUAUCCCAGCGCAAAGUAAGAGUGAACUUCAUGUGACAAGAGCUGAUACUGAAAAUGCAGGCGUGAAUUACUGAAAAGUACAGCUUUUGACAGUAUACUUAUACCCAUUGUGUGCAGAUACACUGGAAAAGAUAUUUUUAGCAUAUACAAUUGAUUUGGGAAACAAAUUACUGUGAGGAGGCUGUACCUCAACAAAAAUAUGAAAAUGGGAUUUUUGCUUCCUUAUCGCUGUUCGGUCCCUUAAUUAAUUAAUAACCGUUGAUACAGAACAAUUAGGCAGUUGAGAUUUCAGCCUAAUAGUGUCUGCAUCAACCUAUUUUGUUUUAUUGACCUUGAAAAUAUUCCUUUAUUCGCCUCAGCUCCUUGCAAGAUGAGCUUUAGUUUUGUUUUGUCCUUUCAAAUAAAACAAAAUCAAGUUCUUGUGAAACUACAGGUAGUCCUCGAGUUACAACAGUUCAUUUAGUGACUAUCAAAGUUUAUAAUAGCGUUUAAAAAAGUGACUUAUGACUGUGUUUCACACUUACGAUCGUUGCAGCAUCCCCAUGGUCAUGAGAUCCAAAUUCAAAUGGGGGGUGGGGUCAUGAGAUCACUUUUUGCAAGCAAAAUCAGUGGGAAAGAUUCACUUAACUGUGUUACUAACUUAACAACUACAGUGAAUCACUUAACAAGUGGUGAGAAAGAUAUAAGCAGGUCAAAACUUACUUAACAACUCUCUCACUUAGCAACAGAAAUGUUGGGCUCAAUAAUGGUCAUAGGUCGAGGACUACCUGUAUGGUGCAGUCUUAUAGCUUAUGUUCUGAAGUCAAUCCCACCAAGUCUGUUUGGACUUACUUUCAGAGGACUACAUGUAGGAUUACAGCUGUAGUAUAGUAAUGAAGUAAUAGUAGUAAUCAAAGGUAAUAUAUGUUAAGAUCUCUUGUAGAUUUUUUUUCCCCAUGUGUACCUUCCCAUCAUGGAACAUCAUUCCCCCCCCCCACACACACACAAUUAGAGUGAUAAGAUACAUGUCUAGACAUAAAACUAUGAGAUCAGUAAGAUGCAUAUCUUGUCUUAAUAUCUAAAUUGAAAAGAACGUGGUAUGGUUAGGAAGUGUCUGUGCACCACAGAAACUGAUGGGCUACAACUCUCAUUAUACCCAGCCAGAAAAGUCAGUGAUAGGGGUUGAUAGGAGAAUAUCUUCUAUGUUCUCCCUGACUGACAUAGGGCAAAAUGUGUUGAAGAACGGACAAAGGCAAAUAGGAUCUCUUUAUUUCCUUAUCUAAUUCCAACAUAAUGUUCAAAACGAGGAAGGGAUACCAUUCUUUCCUAGUCGAGCAAAUUGCAUGUACUAUUUUGCUCAUGUGCCAAGAUGGACAUGCUGCGUGAGCAAAGUAGUAAGGAGCAUUCCUCCUUUCACACAUGCAUCCUAUGCCCCAGGUCAGGUUGCACCCUAUCUUAAGACAGCAAAGAAAUUCUGACACAAAAGAAUCCCCUUGUGUAGUCUCCACAAUCUUGGCGUGUUGCUUCCCUUUCAGGAAAACCCAGAUUUGCUUCCUGGGGCAGAUAUGCCAUCUCUUGAAAGUCCAGACUGUUCCUGUGAGGUGCCAUGUUGCUUCACAACUAUUAUGGAAGGCGACAUAGGUGAUGGAUGGGGUAGCAGAUCACGCAAACUUACAGUGGAAUGUCUAUAUAGGUGCUUAGGAUAACUUGCUUGCUUCUGUCCCAUGCAGCCUUAAGUUGAUUAUUAAUGUAUAUAGAUAUAUAGAUAUAGAUAUACAUGUUUUAUGUUAGAUUUAUUUUGAGAGAAUACAUUUAAGAGAAUAAAAAUAUUAUUUGCUUAAUAAAAACAAUUAUGUUUUAAAUGGCCAAAGGGAGAUAUAGGGAUAUAUAUAUAUUGUAAUCAAAUAGUUCAUAGAAAUAGAUUAUCAAAUAGUGAUCUAUGCACCAAGCUACUGUAUUUAGAGUGUAGGGUGAGGGAUGGCGUGGCAUAUUGCAAGAGGAUCAAGUGAAAGUUCAAAGAAUAUAUAAUAAAAUAAGAGAGGGGCUACGAUAGUAAGAAACGUACUUAAGUAGCCCAAAUAUAUUAUCCAGGGAAGAUAUAUUUUUAUUCUGGGCCUACACAAUAUUACAGAGAAGACUGUUCUGAAAAGUGUAUCCAUGGAUUAUUUGUAAGCAUAUAUUACAAAAGAUCACAGUUUCCGUCAGCAAUGUGAAUCUUAACUUCCUUGUUUCUAUGGGUGUUUAAGUGUGCAUAGCCAACAGAUGAAUGCCCAAAUGUAGAAUAUAUAUAGAUCACCUAGGAAUUAUCCAACAGAAUGAAAUAAUCCUACUGAAUAUUGACAGUGCCCAUCAAACAAUAAUUUUAAUAGUCCCUUUUUUAUUUUUCACAUUUAUCAGCUGUAUGAAAGAUUAUUAACAUCAGCUGGUCAUUUCUGUAUGGUUUGAGUGUUCCAUGUUAUGUGUAGAAUAUUUAGUUGGAUUAGACAUACGAGAACAGUUAUAAAAGUGUAACUAAUUAUUCCAUUUUUAGUUGGUGAUGUCAGAUGAUUUGAUGCCAUGUUGGAAUUUUUGUUUGAGAUUUU